AUGGAAAACCGUCACCAGGUAGACAAUGCUCUAAGAGCUCUCCAGCAGAAGAAGCCGAUUCCAGAAAUCGACUUCAGUCUGCAUACCAUGGAAGAUGGAAGUCAAGUGAGCACCAUGGAGAGGGUUUGCAAAGAUGUACAAGCCCCUGCUAUGCACCCACCAACAGACCAACAGUUCUUCUCCCCUCAGGACAGCACGAAGCCGAAUCUUCAAUUUCUGAAGCAGCACUUCUACAGAGAAGGGCGCCUGACCGAGGCUCAAGCAUUGUACAUCAUUGAGGAGGGUACCAAGGUCUUGAAGCAGGAGCCGAAUCUUCUCGAGAUGGAUGCACCGAUCACAGUGUGCGGAGAUGUUCACGGGCAAUACUAUGACUUGAUGAAGCUAUUCGAAGUGGGCGGUGAUCCUGUCGAUACUCGGUACCUGUUCCUCGGCGAUUACGUCGACCGAGGGUACUUCAGUAUCGAAUGCGUGCUUUACCUGUGGUCCUUGAAGAUCUGGUAUCCAAAUACCUUAUGGCUUCUCCGAGGAAACCACGAGUGCAGGCAUUUGACCGACUACUUCACGUUCAAGCUCGAAUGCAAGCAUAAGUAUUCUGAGAAGAUCUACGAAGCAUGCAUGGAAUCCUUCUGCGCCCUCCCUCUGGCUGCGGUCAUGAACAAGCAAUUCUUGUGUAUCCACGGUGGAUUGAGCCCGGAAUUACAUACCCUGGAUGAUCUGAAGCAGAUUGAUCGCUUCCGGGAACCUCCCACUCAUGGCCUCAUGUGCGACAUUCUGUGGGCAGAUCCAUUGGAAGAAUUCGGCCAAGAGAAGACUUCCGAGUACUUCGUUCACAACCAUGUCCGAGGCUGCUCCUACUUCUUCUCCUAUCCAGCCGCAUGUAAUUUCUUAGAGAAAAACAACCUUCUGUCCGUUAUCCGAGCACACGAGGCUCAGGAUGCAGGAUAUCGGAUGUAUCGAAAGACGCGAACGACAGGAUUCCCAAGUGUGAUGACCAUCUUUUCAGCACCCAAUUAUCUGGAUGUGUACAACAACAAAGCCGCCGUCCUCAAGUAUGAGAAUAAUGUCAUGAACAUCAGGCAGUUUAACUGCACCCCUCAUCCUUAUUGGCUACCAAACUUCAUGGACGUCUUCACUUGGUCGCUUCCAUUCGUGGGGGAGAAGAUUACCGACAUGCUUAUUGCAAUCUUGAGCGUGAGUUCCGAGGACGAACUCAAGGAAGACCAGACGACGCCAGCAUCAGUCUCAGGUCCAGUGUCACCACCUGUCAAUGCCAAUAUUCCAAUGGAUCCAGAUUCAAUUGAGUACAAGCGAAGAGCCAUCAAGAACAAGAUUCUUGCCAUUGGUCGUCUGUCACGUGUGUUCCAAGUCUUGCGAGAAGAGUCCGAAAGGGUCACUGAGUUGAAGACUGCUUCUGGAGGCAGACUUCCUGCUGGAACGUUGAUGCUUGGCGCUGAAGGUAUCAAGAAUGCCAUCAGCAGUUUCGAAGACGCACGAAAGGUCGAUUUGCAGAACGAGAGAUUGCCACCAAGUCAUGAAGAGGUCACCAGACAGAGCGAGGAGGGCAGAGCGCAGGCGCUUGAGAGAGCCCGGGAUGCCGCAGAUAAUGAUAAGGGGUUGCAGUUACUAUCAAGGCGGCUGAGCACGUAA